AUGCGCGCCACGGAUGUGAUGAUCGGCGGCAAGCGUGCCCUCGUGGCCGGCUACGGCGAUGUGGGCAAGGGCUGCGCCUUCGCCAUGCGCGGAGCCGGCGCACGGGUGCUGAUCACGGAGAUCGACCCCAUCUGCGCGCUGCAGGCGUGCAUGGAGGGGUUCCAGGUCGUCACCCUGGAGGAGUGUGUGGGUGAGGUGGACAUCUUCACCUCCGCCACAGGCAACUUCAAGAUCGUCACCCUGGAGCACAUGAAGAAGAUGAAGAACAACGCCAUCGUCUGCAACAUCGGCCACUUCGACAACGAGAUUGCCAUGGAGGAUCUUGAGCAGUGCCCUGGCAUCAAGGUGGAGAACAUUAAGCCUCAGGUCGAUCGCUUCGUGUUCCCCGACGGCCACGGUGUCAUUGUGCUGGCCUCUGGCCGCCUGGUGAACCUCGGCUGUGCCACUGGCCACCCGUCCUUCGUGAUGUCUUGCUCCUUCACCAAUCAGGUUCUGGCCCAGCUGGAUAUCCUGGAGAACUGCACCAAGGCCAAGAAGUACAAGAAUGACGUGUACCUGCUGCCCAAGAAGCUGGACGAGAAGGUGGCCGCCCUCCACUUGCCGUCCCUCGGCGCCAGCAUGACCAAGCUGAGCAAGGAGCAGGCGGACUACAUCGGCGUGAAGGACAUGGGCUUGGCCGAAUUCGGCCGCAAGGAGCUCACCUUGGCGGAGCACGAGAUGCCCGGCCUGAUGGCGGCACGCAAGGAGUUUGGCCCCUCGCAGCCUUUCAAGGGCAUGAACAUCAACGGCUCCCUGCACAUGACCAUCCAGACGGGUGUGCUCAUCGAGACCUUGGCGGCGCUUGGCGCUAAGGUGCGCUGGUGCUCCUGCAACAUCUUCAGCACGCAGGACCAUGCCGCUUCGUGA